ACGGUCAGAGAAUCACCCGGUUAACCGGGACACGGACUUGGUGCGCCCCGUUAACUGAGGCACGGACUUGAAGCAGCCGGUUAACCGGGACACGGACUUGGUGUGCCCCGUUAACCAAGACACGGACUGGAAGCAGCCGGUUAACCGGGACACGACGAAGUGCUCGCGGUUAACCGGGUCACGGGCUGAAUGUACCGAACUACCGAGACUGCCUGCUCUGGAUUACCAGGUUCCGGAUUGACUUCACGGGGAGAAAUGCAAUUAAAUAUCGACUGACUGCAUCAGAAAGAGCCCCUGAUUUGUUAUAUCCAAAUCCUGGACAAGGUUCUCCAAUUUAUUACAGGAUUCCCAAACUGUUAAGGUCCAAGGGUACAGCACAGGGCACUGAAUGACCAGCCACAGGUUUAGGGUCAUGGAGUGUUCUUGGAAAGCGGUGUUGCUGCUGGUCGUAGCCUCGCUGACCAUACAGUACACGGCCAUCCGAAAGCUCAUCGCUAAGCCGUUCACCAUCUGCCGCGUCCCCAAGCACACGGGCUGCGGCCCAGGUCCGGGUGCGUCCUGUGAGCCCCAGCGCCGGGCAGUCAGCCACAUCCUGAUCCUGGCCACCACCCGGAGCGGCUCGUCUUUCAUCGGGCAGCUGCUGAACCAGCACUCGGACAUCUUCUACCUGUUUGAGCCGCUCUACCAUGUGCAGACCACGCUGGGAGCUGCGGGAGGCGGCACCAGGGGCAGGCCGUCGUCCUCGACCUCAGCCGUGGGCAGGCGCUUGCUUCUCGGCGCCUACCGCGACCUGCUGCGGGGACUCUUCGAGUGCCGGCUCCACGAGUUGGAGGCUUACAUCAAACCGGCUCCGGAGCAACAUCGGACCCAGCGGCUCUUCCGCCGAGGGGCCAGCAAAGCGCUGUGCUCGCCGCCUGUCUGCGCCCCGGCCGCCUCGACGCCGAGGCCUCCGGCCAGAGAGGGCGACGGCAACGGCAAAGACGGGGAAGGCGCUCCAUCCGAGCGCUGGGAGGAAGGCGAGUGCGUGCGGCGGUGCGGUGCCUUAAACCUAACCGAGGCUUCCCGGGCCUGCAUUCUGAGGCCUCACGUCGCCAUCAAGACGGUGCGGAUCCCCGCCAUCGGCGACCUCAAGGCGCUGGUCGAAGACCCUCGCCUCAACCUCAAGGUGAUCCAGUUGGUGCGCGACCCCCGCGGCAUCCUGUCGUCCCGCAUCGACACCUUCCCGGACAGUUUCCGCGCCUGGAAAAUCUGGCGCAACAGCGGGCGCAGGCCUUUCAACCUGGACGCGUCUCACCUGAACGCCACCUGCCAGGAUUUCCUGCAGUCGGUGGGGACGGGCCUAGCCCGGCCCGACUGGCUCAAAGGCCGUUAUAUGUUGGUCCGUUACGAGGAUCUGGCCCGCGAGCCCGAGCGGAAGACGCGCGAGCUGUACCGCUUUCUGGGCGUCACCAUGGAUACCAACGUGCGGCGCUGGAUCGUCCGCAACACCCGCGGGCCCGGAGCGUCGGGCAACCACAAGUUCGCCACGGUGCGGGACUCGGCGGCCACAGCCGACGGCUGGAGGUUCAAACUGAGGUACGACAUGGUGGAGCUGGUGCAGAACCUGUGUAACGUGACCCUGGCCCAGCUCGGUUACAGAAUAGUCAACUCGCCCGAGGAGCUCAGAAACAUGUCCGUCAGCCUCGCUGAGGACAGGACCUUUCUGCCUUUUUUGUAAUUGUAAAUAGUUUGUGCUAGCGAGUGAUAUAUUUUUGAUAGGCGGGGGGAAAUGUUUUAAACUGGUUGAAUUUUGCUUUGCAACCCCUUUUCCGAAACACACACACACACACACACACACGAGAUUUAGCAGCAAAUUACUGCAGAUGCUGGAAUCUGUGCUGAAAACUUUUUUUAACUGGAGUAACCACAUGCCCCUUCUUAAUUGUCCAGUGGUUUUAUCACUGGACUGUUAAUCCAGGGACCCAUGUAAUGUUCUGGGGAACAAAGGUUCAAAUACUGCCAUGGCAGAUGGUGUAAUAUGAAUUCAUUCAAGGAAAACCUGGAAUUCAGGAUCUAAAGGUGACCAUGAGUCCAUCGACAGUUGUUUGACAAAGUACAGUCUGGUUCACUAAUGUCCUUUGGGGAAGGAGACUGCCAUUCCUUACCUGGUCUAGCCUACAUCUGACUCUAGGUCUUCUAGGCAAUUAAGGAUGGGCAUUGAAUGCUGGUUUAGGCAGGGACACUCAGCCUGUCAAUGAAUAAAAAAAAACCUCCCUCCUUCAGAAGGAAAAAAAAGUCUUCCUUAACACCAUUAAUGAGAAGUAGGUCAGCCAUCAAAUCUAUGAUAACCCUCAACUCCACUUUACCCUUCACUCUUUACUCAGACACUGCUUUAAGAGUGGUUUAUUUAUUGUUCCUUACUGAAUAAAAUUAUGCUUGACUGUCAGUCUCCAGUACAUUGAUACCUAAUAAACAACUACUCAAAGAUUAUUGUUAGGAAGACUAUUUAUCUAGAACACCAAUGAUUUUCUCCAGGGUUUGGUCAGAGUAGGGCACCAGAAAAAGCUCCAGGUAAAUCCCAGACAGUUAGCAACCCUAAAAUAUAUUACAAACUCUCAAAUAACCCUCCCAAAUACAUUGAUUCCUUUGUUGCACAAGUUUUCAGAAUUGCUGGUUGGCAGAAGUGGAAGGUCAAAAACAUUUUCAAAACAUCCCAACCAAAAUAUAUUUUAAUGUGAAUAAAAUGUUUGUAAAAAUACUGAAUAUUUUUUAAAUGCACUGCAUCUUUCUAAAAUGUCAAAUUAUCUUAAAAAGGAACUAACAUUUCUGUAUUGAAAGUAUUUUUCAUACUAUUGCAAAUGGCUCAAUUAUCCAUUUUGUCUCCCCUGAGGCUGUCUUGUGGAUUUUAACGUUCUGCAUAAAUGAUGACAGAGCAUCCAGGAUUCAGUGCCAAAACAUGCACUUGCUUGUAUUUAAGUAAUUUAGUUCAAGAAUCGUAUUGUGAAAAGAAACACGACAAAAUGGAUACAGAAGAGAAAAUGAGACCAGUGUUGUCCAGUACCUUGUACGAAAGUCAUAUGUGGCUAAUUGGGAAUUGUGUUUUUUGAACAAAAUAGAAUGUGUCUGCAAAUAAACAUUUUGGGUGAGAUGAUUCAAGCUAUGGAUUUAUGCAUGUGUGUCCUGCCCUCGCAAAAACAGGAUAUGAUGCUCAAGUCAUCGAUAUCAAGUUACGGCAUGCCACAGCGAAAAACUGCAACGACCUCCUCAAAAGACAGACGCAUAAGACCAAUAAAAUGCCCGCUGUUAUCCAGUACUUCGCUGGAACAGGAAAACUAUGCCACGUUCUUUGCAGUCGUCAACAUAUCAUCAGUGACGAUGAGUAUCUCACCAAGAUCCACCUUACACCUCCACUUCUCGCCUUCAAACAACCACCAAACCUUAAACAGACCAUGGUUCACAGCAAAUUACCCAGCCUUCAGGACAACAUUAACCACAAUACCAACUCUGCCAUGGCAACCUCUGCAAGACUUGUCAGAUCAUCAACUUGGAUAUUAGCGGCAUACGUGGGAACACCACCCACUACAUUCAUGGCAGAUACUCCUGUGACUUAGCCAAUGUUGUCUAUCUCUGAUGCCACAGGCAAGGAUACCCUAAGACAUGGUAGAUUGGCGAGACAGUGCAGAUGCUACAACAAUGGAUGAAUGGGCAUCAUGCAACAGUCACCAGACAGGAACGUUCCUUCCCAGUCAGGGAACACUUCAGCCUCCGAUCUUCAGGUAAGUAUCCUCCAAGAAUGACCGAGCAUACACUGAUAGCCAAGUUUAGUACGCAUGAAGAUGGCCUUAACCGUGAUCAUGGGUUCAUGUCGUGCUACUGGUGACACCACUAUGCUUCUGUAUCUGUAAAAUCUUCUUUACUUUCCUGUUUUGACAGCAUCACCUUGAUAAAUUGUUAUGAUCCCUCUAAA